AUGCCAGCGGCUGUCACGCAAGUUGCCGUGUGCUUCGAUGCUCCUAUCAGCCACGAGGGAAGAUUAUCAUUCCAUCCAUACACAUACACCGCUCAGGGUUAUACCAUCGCUCGAUACCACCGCCGAAAAAAACAAAAGAAAGAAAGGAAGCCAUACAAGGCAACAGCACAACAGAAGUACGAGUUUAACCGUAUCUCGGCGGCCAAGUUAGUUUUUCUCUAUUCCACGUUGACCAAUAUAAGCCCAGUCGCCGUCCACCUUUACCCCACCGGACAUGCCAACUCAGCGUGA